GAGCUAACUGAUAUGCGAAAUGAACAAAGCUUAGCUAAUUAAAAUAAGUUUCUUUGCACAUUAGAAAGAAGAAGGAAUGGCGAUGGUAAACAUCUUCCAAGGUCGCCAAGAAAGAAGAAAGAUUGAAACGUAUAAAAGUGGCAAUACACCAUCAGUGUUCAAUUAGAUAUUGAAAUGCGUUUGACUUUGGCGCUCCUGGUGCUGGUCGCUCUCAUCGCCGUGGCCACCGAUGCCCAAAGCAGUCAGAAGAGGACGAACGCCAGGACUUUGGCUACCAUCACGUCUCGGCUAACGCGAAACGGGAUCAAUGCCCGAGCUGGAAUCGCGAGAAGACGUGCCACGUCCAGUCGCCGAUCGGUGAUCAUCAUUGGCAACGGAAGUGGUAGCUCUUCCUCCAGCAGCAGCUCCACUCCAUCCUCCCGAUGUCGGACCACUAUCACGAGCUGCUCGGCCAACUCCAAUGUCUGCGGUCGUUGGAGUUCCACACGCAGGUGUCGUCGGUUUAGGAACAGGUGCCUCUUGGAGCGGGCCAACUGCCGGACGACCGUUUCAAGCUGGAAUGUUGUUAGCCUGGGCAACUGUUCGAGCAUAACUGUGAAUAAUACUGGCACCUGUACGAGCACCUUUUCAUCAGCCUCAUCGACGUCUUCAUCGACCUCGAAUUCCAACUCACCAUUGUCCAACAUACUCUCCUCCAUUCUGAUAUCAUCAUCGAGAUCCUCGAGAGUCACGCCCAUAAUUAUACGAAGAGGUUGAGCGCAUCUAUUGGUACAUUACACUUCCUGUGUACUUAAUUUUUUGCGAAAUUUAAGAAUAAAUACAAUCUACACAAUUAAGUAAGAAGUUUAGUUCUGCAUAUAUACUUGAAACUUCCCUAAAGCCUUUUUCACUCUCUUCUACGAAAACAAAAGCAUUGUUAAAUCCCACAAAAGUUAGACAAACAAGAUUUAUGCUUAAAUUAUGCUAAUAAGUUGAACUUUCACUGCCGAAACGUUUCGUAAUGACCUAUAUUUCGGCCAUGCCAUACAAUUAUUUAUGUGCGUGCGCCGAGUGUUCACUGUGCCAUUCUAAUUGCAUCCGCAGGCGUUCGCCAUUCACAUCCGCACUACGCAAAAAGGAAAAUGGCGAAAAAUUGCAAACUAAAAAGCGAUGCUCCAUAAAU